CCGAACGUGUCCUCUGUGAGCACACCGUCGAAGCAAAUUGUUUCAAAUAACUCAUCAACUACUGAGAAGUCUUCAAGGGAGAGCUCUAUCUGUGCUACAUGUCAAAAGCCAAUAACUACAAAAUCAGUUAAGGCACUGGGGAAGAGAUACCAUACCGAUUGUUUUCGUUGUGCAGAAUGCGGAACUCCAAUCUUGUCAAAGUACUUCCCCUUCGAAUUAGAUGAUGGAACAAAGAUCCCGCUCUGUGAAGAACAUUUCUACAAGAGGAGAGGCUUAAUAUGUUGUAUUUGUAAUUCUUACUUGAAGGGUAUCCAUUACACAGUCUUUGGAAGGAAAUACGACGCCGAACAUUUCUGCUGUAAGAUUUGUUCUAAAAAAUUCGAUGCUGAUGAGGAUUUUUUCAAUCACGAGAACGAUAUAUAUUGUCAUUACCAUUUCUCAAAGUUCUUCAUUGACCGCUGUGAAGGUUGCGAAUUUGCAAUUCUCAAACAGUAUGUCGAAAUCUCCAGAGGUGGUCGAAAUCAGAAGUGGCAUGUUGAGUGUUAUAUGAUACACAAGUGUUGGAACGUGGCAAUCACACCGAGUACUAUAGGCCUAAUAUCUUUUCCAAAAGUGGAUCCAACACCCGAAAACAUUAAAUCAUUACCAGAUACCAAUCCAACACCAGAUCAACUAAUAUCAAUGGAGGGGAAAGCAUCAGAGAAGAUAUCUGAGAUAUGGUCAGCGCUAUUUCAAUUCGAAGAAGACACGGCUAUGUGUAUCUCGGAUAUGUUGCAGUAUGCGACUGCUCAGGACCAAGCAAGAGGUCUAGCAGCUACUGCUAAAUUGGUGCUAAAAGUUGAUGCAUUGUUCAAGAGUCUAGAAAGUUUACACCGUCUUGGAAUUGAGGGCGGUAACACCACCUCCGCGUUGGCUACACUCUCUAUCUCUAACAAUGAAGAUGUUACAUUUCAGACUUUGAAGAAGGAACCGAGAAAUUUCUCAGCAAAAGUGAUGAUUUAUCUUGCCAUUCUCAGAAAAACAAGCAAAGGUUUGGCGGACAGUAGCAAAUCUCAAGAUCUUAUUUUGUCUGUCAUUACAGGAUUGGCUCAUUAUCUCAAGCUGUUAAUACGCUAUGGACUUAAUAACUCGUUACAGUACAACAAGUCAUCGCACACAACUAAUGCUCUUGAUAAAUUCUUAAGGGAAGUGAGGAACCACGAGAGUGUACCGAAAGAUGCACUAUCUGCACUAGAAAUUCCCCUGGAUGCAUCAGACCUUUGUUUUCACUGUCAGAAGAGUAUUGAGUCUAAUUGUAUUCAGUACCAAGAUAAGAGAUGGCACAUUGAUUGUUUACAGUGUACGAAUUGCCAUAAAAAUUUGCAAUCCCAUGGUGGUAUUAGUGAUGCAUCGUUCAAUUCAAACAGCAAUUGGGUUUUAUGUGCACAGUGUGCAAUUGAUGAUCCAGAUGCGAAGCCCGGUUUCAAGUCCGUGUCCAAACUUAUGCAGUUGAGUUACUUGAUGAAGAUUGCCAUUGUGAGAUCGAAGGCUGUCAUGGAUUAUGAACACGAGGGAAAGCAGACAAACAGCCAACCAGAAGCUAGAGCUACUGAGGAGUCCGAACACAACUACAGAAAGACAUUAAAUGAAAUUAAGAGACUGAGAUCAACGAGACAGAACACCAAAAUCACCGAUAUUUCGUCGCAAGAUGUUGCAAGAAGGUCGAUGGUUGUGGAAACAGUCAAUAAGUCUAAAGAUGAACUUGAGAGAUCACACGUCACCAUGGAGUCGGAGGAGAAUUUGUUACAGCAGAAGGUUUCUGUCGAAGAUGGACUGGUCGGCCCUUCUUUAAGUAAACGGAGUUUCCACAGAGCUAAGAAUGUGAUUAUGAAUCAGAAAGUCUUGACGCUAGACGAUAUUCCAAGAAUUGUCGCUGCGGAACAUGCACGAGAACUCAGACCUAACACAUACAAAUAUCAUAAUCCUCAUGCAGAAGAGGGUCUCUUCAAGGGUUUGAAACCGAAUAGUGGAUCAUUAUACCGUACAAAGUCUCCUACAAGCCACAAAGCGCCUUCAAUAAAGGAGAUUCCUGUGAAGUACUAUUCUCAGCUUUCUGAGAGGGAGUUAUGCAUCUUGAGUCAUAUUUCAAUUGCAGCUCUUAACUAUUUGUUGUCCAAGCAGAGAAUCAACUCAGAUAUUGAUACCAGCAAAUUAAUUGAUUUGAAGAAGACACCAACGUUCUGGGACAAAUUGAAGGGAUUGGGAGGGGAGAAGAAAACCGCUAAUAUUAACCGUGUUUUUGGAUCAGAUUUGAUACUUCUGGUCUCAAAAACUGGCGUGGAAUCUUCACAAAGUAAUGGACCUUCAAAGGUUAGAAUUCCACUUCUGAUUGAUGACCUUUUGACUGCACUAUACCAAAAGGAUAUGUCUGUGGAGGGUGUUUUCAGAAAAAAUGGUAAUUUGAAGAACUUGAGAGAACUUGUUGAACGAAUUGAUGCAAACCCAUCGAAUAUUCCUGAUCUUCAGAAAGAAAAUGUGAUACAAUUAUCAGCUUUGCUCAAGAGGUUCUUGAGAGAAAUGCCAAACCCAUUGUUGACCUUUAGAUUGUUUGACCUCUGGAUUGUGUCCCAGAAGAUACCUGAUUCAGCGAUGAAGAGAACGUUCUUUGAAUUGUGUUACUCUCUAUUACCCAAACCUCACCGUGAUUUAGCCGAGGUUUUGUUUUUCUUCUUCAUGUGGGCUUCAUCCUUUUCAAACAUUGACGAGCAGAACGGAUCGAAAAUGGAUGUUCAUAAUUUGGCGACAGUGUUAUCGCCUAAUGUUCUAUAUCCUAAACCAACCACUUACUUUGAUGCGUUUGCCGAAAACGAAGGUGAGAAUUAUUACCUCGCUAUUGAAGUUGUUGAUUAUUUGAUUGGACACAACGAGGAGCUCUCCGUCGUUCCAAAGUACCUUCUACAGAUUUAUGACCUGUGUGAGUUUGAUGCAUCCGAGGACUACUCUUCAAAGAGUAUAUUUGCGUCAAUUGAA